AGCAGAGAGAUAUAUAUUCAGGCUCCGGAACUGUGAGGACACAGCGUUGGAAGCCUCUUCGGGAGCAGCGUCGGAUCCAGAGAUUCUCGCUAUGGAGACUCCUCAAGACAGCCGCCAAAGCAUCCAAAAGCCUCCGAGUCCGGGAGCCGAGGAGGACAAGGAAGAACAGCAUGGUGGGAAUGCAGUGGUCUCCGGGGCUGGAGAGGAAGGAAUAGACAAGAAAGAGCUUGUUAUGAGCGGGCUUGCUCAGGGUGGGCUUGAUCAGGGCGAAGGCGCUCAGGGCGAGGUUGCUGGAGGUGAGCAGGCUCAAGAAGAGCCUGCUCCAUUGAGUCCAGCUCAGGAAGCCACUGGAGGAGAAGAGGAGGGAGAAAACAAGGAAGGAGAAAUGGAAGGAAGACAUGCUGGUGAUGGUGCUUCUGGCCCCGAGGAUGACAACAUCCAGGAAGAAGGCGGCGAAAACAUAGAUCAACAACCGCCGCAACAAGAGGCAGCCAUUCCUGAGGGCAUGAGAAAUCCACAGGCUGGGAACUAUCUGGCUCACCAGCGGACCCGCCGCACCAGGUUCACCCACUCUCAGCUGCGUGAUCUGGAGCGCCUUUUCCAAGAGAAUCGCUUCCCCAGCUUGCGAGUAAGGAGGGAUCUUGCACGAUGGAUGGGUGUGGAUGAAUCUGAUGUGCAGGAGUGGUUUAAGAUGAGGAGAGCCCUUUUCCGCAGACACAGCAGGCUGAUGAUGUUCUGCGAACUGCCACCGAUUACAGAGAACAACUCUCCCUGAAGAUUUUGGAGCAGCACUUGAGUGCCUCCCCUGUCGUGGAGCCAUGAUGGCCAGGACAACCUUUACUUCUCUAUAAUUAUUUCAACAAUAAAGAUGAGCAUUCUGAA